AUGACUACAAAAGAUGAAGAUCCUGAAAAAGUAACACUGCUGAAGAUCCAGUUACGUGAUUCUAUUCACAGGAGAUUUUCUUACGUAAAAAAUACUUCACAUUUAAUGAUUGCCACUCUAGUAGAUCCCCGAUUUAAAUCGAAGUAUUUGCCCAACGAUGGAACUGAAAUUACAAAGACUGAAAUAUUAUCAUUUUUACGACAAACAGGGUCUCAGUCACGAUCAGCAGCUUUUAUGGAUGUAGAUGUUGAUGAACCUAGACCUUCUUGUUCAAAUUCGGAUCCAGCUACCGAAGGGGUAUUCACUAAAAAAAAAGAUGAUGACUUGUGGGAUUCGCAUGAUAAUUUUGCAACAUCUGUCACAAUUGCAAGUGAAAAUGAGUUGGGUUUGGAUCAACCUGGUCCCCCUUUUGAAGAGCAUCUUACAUGUUUUUUAAAAGAACCAUUGCUUCUGAGGAAUGCUGACAUAUAUGUGUCGGAGACGAGUCAUAAUCACAAC